CUGUUACUAGCGAUGUUAUACUCAAAUUGAGCGAAGUUCACUUCCAAAGAACGUUUUAUAAAAUAUAAAAACCAUUUGGUAUUAAAUAUAAUUAACGCAGUUAAGAACAUAAACUGCAUCAACAAAAUACAGUUUAAUACGAAAAAUAUGGCUAUUCCGAGACGAACAAAAUAAACAACAUUGUGGAACUUAGUUCAUUCGGUUAGCCUACAGAGUUGUUCGAUUGAACUGAUUGCAAACGAUUCUGUACAGCUCUAUCGCACUGUAUAAAUGUGAAAAUUACAAAUAUAGUUAUAAAGUGCGUUAUUCUCGAAAGCCAUGUCAAAGUCAAGUGCAGCACGAUGGGUGAAGUUUUUCAACGCCGGGGGAAUUCCAUCCCCAGCUGCGGCCAGCUAUGCUCAUAUAUUUGUGGAGAAUCGUAUACAGGAGGACAUGCUACUCGAUCUGAAUAAGGAGUAUCUGCGUGAGAUGGGCAUCACACCCAUGGGCGAUAUUAUAGCCAUACUGCGCCAUGCGAAACAAGUGAGCGAUCAAAAUGUGCUCGACAAGGUACUAAUAUCGGAGGCGCCCUUGCCCAAAACCAUGUCAAAGACCGUCGCUGGAGCAGCUCCUGUGCCACCCAGCAGCAAGCAUGUACCACCCAGCAGCAAGCAUGUGUCAUCAUCUCCAGUUGCAGCCGGCAACGCCAACAAAGCAUCGCCACCCACAAAACCAGCACGUCGUGUGCUGCCUGAACAUGAAGGAAAAUAUAAAGUUACUUUGCCGUCAGGCACGACAGAAAGAAGCAAGCAAAUCCUGGCCAAGCGUGAGCAGUUAUACUCGGAUCGUGUAAGCAGCACUAAGAAAACGGAUGUCUUUGCACGUUUGCACAAUAGCAAGAGUGACGACGAUGCUCAGGAGGGUAUUGUCUCUAGCAGCGGGGAGAGCAACGUGCGUGUGCACAUAACUGGCGUUCAUAAGGGAUCCAGUGUCAAAGUGGCGGCCACCUCUAGCAAUAACUCGGUUUUUGCACGCCUGGGCGGCAAGCAAUCGUUGGAUUUGGUGCAGCACAAUACGGGCCUGGCUAAGGAAAUAAAAUCGAUUUUAAAGAACACUCAAGGGACCAACAGCGGCAGCGGUGCCAGACGCAACACGCCCAUAGUCAAGGCCAAGAACAUUGCAACGUCCGUGGUUCGUUCGCAGCAGAAGGUAAUGCUUGUGCACAAGGUGCCAUUAAAACGUGGCGAUGAUAGCGAAGAUGAAAGCAUGGAUGACGAGGACUUAAUAGGGGCUGACAGUGAUUUUGACAGCGAAGCCGAAGAUUGUGAACUAGAUGUGGAUAUGGCCGCACCCGCUGAGAAAAUUGUUAAGUUCGCCUCUACGGCAGAGGUGCGAGAAAUUGCUCCACACACGCCCUACAAAGCGCGUGGAAACAGCAGCUUUGCACGUAACAUAAAGUCUCGUUUGGGCCUGGUUUCUAAAUUACACGCCACGCGUAAAACGUAUAAUCUCAAAGCGUCACCGCCACAGAAACCUGGAGCCCGCCUCAGCCCCGUCAAGGGAAAGGCUAUACGUAUGCGCAGCGAUGAGCUGCUUACGCGACAGGAUACGCUACCUGUGCAUAAGCGUCUGGGCACAACAGCGUCAGCGCAGCCGCCACCUCCUCGCACCCAGCAGCGCGAUUAUAAGCCGAAUUCGUUUGCUCCGCGUCGCCACUCUAGCGUUAAUGCUGGGCACCGUCCAAGGAUUCAAGCGAACUCCGUUUUCGAUCGCCUUGGCUUUAACAAUUCUCUGUAGAUUUUAAGACAACCAUUGUAUUUGUUUAAGAGUUCUAUUUAAUUCAGUUUAAAAGUAAAUGUUUGCAAUCACCCUUA